AUGGCCAACGAGGCCAAACGGGAUAUUCAUGAGCUGUCCGCCGAGAGGGGGAUCAACCGUGCAAACGUCGAGGCCAUCCCGAACAAGAACAGGAGGCCCGGCUCGCCUCCCUUGCGCAUCAGUGACCUCGAUGAGUACAUAACAGCCUUUACACACAAGAGUACCCUGAAGGACUACAAAGCCACUCAUGGUUCAAACGAAAGGCUUGAACUCAUGGGUGACUCUGUGCUCAAUCUAGUAGUCACAAAGUACAUAUACGACCGAUAUCCGUCCUGCGACGAGGGGUUCAUCACACGUAUAAGGACCAAGCUGGUCUGUGGCAGCGCCCUGUCGGCUUGGGCACUCGAGCUGGGGCUUCAAAACCACAUCAUGAUGAACCGCAAGGCCAUGGAUCAAGAAUGGAACCUCAACCCCAGCAAGCUGGAGGACACCUUCGAGGCGCUCUUGGGGGGUUUGUUUGUUGACAAGGGCAUAGCAGCGUGCAAAGACUUUGUGUACCCGAUGCUCGACGCUAUGGACUUUGACGAAGUGGAGAAGGAUCUCAACCACAAGGAUGUCCUGAUGCGUCACAUGCAGGCCGUUUGGUCAAAUGCAAUAGCGGCUGACGGUAUUAACAGGGCUCAGUCGGACUACAUGCCACAGUACACGGUGGCUGCGGCUUGUGGCCCGGACCACAUGCGAGUAUUCCACGUGAACGUGAGCAUAGGGCACGUCUUCAUGGGUAUGGGAAGCGACAUGAAGAAGAAAGCCGCCGAGCAGGAGGCGGCCCGGAGGGUCCCAAUGUCUUCAGGCGACUUCAACAUCAAAAAGUUUGACCUGCAGAAGCUCAAGGACCAUAAGACUCUGGUCGUGAUAGGCAGAAGAGGCACGGGCAAGACGACGCUCAUCACCGACCUCCUUUACCACAAAAGGAAGAUACCAGCUGGCAUUGUCGUCAGUGGAACCGAAGAGGGAAACGGAUACUACCGUCAGUUUGUUCCAGACUCGUUCAUUUACAACACGUACGAUGAGGAGAUUGUGAAACGCUUGAUUGCAAGACAGAAGAAUCUGAAGAAGCUGGGUGCCAAGGAUGCGGACUGCUUCCUGCUCCUCGAUAAUUGCCUCUUCAAGCCCAGCAUCAUGAAGAGUGACACGAUGCGGUUCCUAUUCAUGAACGGGCGUCACUUUUCGCUGAUGGUCAUCCUUGCGGCGCAAUGGAUCAUGGACAUCCCAUCAGCUGUUCGUGCAAACACUGACUAUGUCUUCAUCUUCAAUGAUCCGAUCCUUAACAAUCGAAAACGCUUCUAUGAACAUUACUUUGGUGUCUUCAAAUCCUUUGCGCAGUUUGAGGCAGUCUACAAGGCGUGCACUUCGGAGUUCGAGUGCAUGGUGUUGGAUAACACAAUCCAGAGCAGUGACCCGCAGGACUGUGUGUUCUGGUACAAGUCUGAAGUGCACAAGCCAUUCAAGAUAGGCGCGCCUGAAUACUGGUCUUGGCACAAGAAGAGCUUCAACACAGAAGAGGAUGACGCGACUGUCACGACAGUGAACGGUGUGAAGGUGCGGAAGUCAAAGUGA